ACCGCGCAGGUUGGUGACGUCAAAUGUAAGCGACUCGUCAUCGAUCGCUAACGACAAAAAGGUAGCGACGUUUCUGUCAGAAAGGUCGACAUUAUAAAUCCGUUUUUCUUCUAUUUUGAAGGUAAACCGUUUACACGCAGAUUAACUUGCAAUUGUUUUAGACAUACGUCGAUUAUAUACUGACAAAUUGCUGUAUUUCAUAGCAACUUGACCACGAUAACCUCGAUCACCAGCAAUGCCCGAGCUACAAACGCUAGCCUAGCAAGUUUCUAAGUAUAUUUUUUAAAGUAUGCUGCUAACCAAACACGUAGGGAAGCAUUAAUGUUUUGAUUUACACAACACUUACACUACCGAACAACUACUGCCUUUGGAGUAAAGGAAGAAGAGUUUUCAAACACAGGGGGCCCUGGUAGCUUCGAUCUGUGAGACGUGUAGCAUGGCGGCUAGAUGGGACGAACACCAAGCUUAUGAUGAGCUUCUACACUGGGACAACCUCAUCCAACAAGGCCACCGGUUACUACCGCACGAAUUUGACAGAUACGAGGAGCUGCGUUACUGGUACGACUGCCGGUGUUACGAGGAGGAGCUGAGAAAUUACCAUGACUACAUUUCUACAAUGGCGACAGCUGAUGAUAAUCGAUAUAAUAAGGGCGUUUCGCACAACCAGAUACACUCGGGGCCAAAUGAUCGCCGUGUGAUGGCCAAACACUCUGAAAUAUACCCCUCAGCAGAGGAACUAGACGCAGUGCAGACAAUUGUCUCACAUGUGGAGUGUGCAUUAAAAGCUCUUUCUGAGAAAAUGGACUCUUCGGAUAAAGGAACAAAAGAGACCAAAAGUGCUCAUGCAGAAAAUCGUGUAAUGCAUGGCAUUAUGAGGGUUGGCCUGCUGGCCAAAGGACUUCUGCUCAAAGGAGACCUGAACCUGGAACUGGUGCUGCUUUGUCUCAACAAGCCAACCAUCACAUUGCUAAACCAGGUGGCUGAGAGUCUCCUAGACCAUUUAGAGAUUGAGUCAGCCGGCUUGUACACAGUGACCCCUUGUCCAAAGGAUGCAGCCAUCAGAGUGGAAAGCACCAAGGCAUUGGCUUUAAGUCUCACCCUCCAUCUCACAUCUCCUCAAGUUAGGGUGGAGGCCCAAGAAGAGAAAUCGCAAACAGACAACGAUCUGCCGGAUGUUCUGGACAGACAGAAAUGCCUAAGUUCCUUGGCGUCUCUCCGCCACGCCAAGUGGUUCCAGGCCAAAGUCAAUAACCUGAAGUCUGCUGUCAUUGUGAUCCGGGUCUUGAGGGAUUUGUGUAUCCGUGUUCCUACUUGGGCGCCGCUUUCAGGAUGGCCUCUUGAAUUGCUUGCAGAAAAGGCCAUCAGUACAUCUGAGAGACCACUAGGCCCAGGCGAGGCGUUCCGUAGGGUUCUUGAGUGCCUUGCCUCUGGAAUCCUAUUGGCUGAUGGUCCUGGAAUUAAAGAUCCCUGUGAGAAGGAACCCAUUGAUGUCCUUGGAAGUCUCACCUUGCAACAGCGUGAAGACACAACUCAGAGUGCUCAGUUGGCAUUAAGACUGUGUGCCUUUGGAAUGAUGUACAAAGUUUUGGGGAUUGAAGCAAAACCUGGUAGGCCAUGGAAAGUACAAGGAGCCAGCGCAAAAAUCUUCCAAGCUCAUGGAGACCCGUCUGGACCCUCUCCUUCGGCUAAAAGAUCCUACACCGAAAUGGCAACAGGAACGGAUGCGUCCUCCUUAAAUAGCAAACAGAGGAAGUUCCUCAAAUUCCAGAAGCGUUUUCCUCGGAAAUCAUUGACAGAUGAUCUGAGCAUGAACGCCGUGAUGCGUCUGAACCAGUACCGGCCAGGCCUGGACUACCGCCUCACCUCUCAGACAGGUCCAGUCCAUGAGCCAGUAUUUGCCAUGGCUGUAGAUGUAAAUGGGAAAACCUAUGAAUCUACUGGGCCCUCAAAACGAGCGGCCAAGCUUAAUGUAGCCACCAAGGUCCUGCAAGAUCUUGGUCUUCCAACAGGUUCAGACGCCAAGUCCGAGCCCAAAGCUGAUGAUGGCCAAGAAGUAACAAGUGCUUCCAGCACAUCAGAUGAUGGUACUCAGGGUCCUAUCCUGACCAAGAAUGGAAAGAACCCUGUCAUGGAGUUGAAUGAGAAAAGACGUAGUCUCAAGUAUGAAUUAUCUGCCGAGACAGGUGGCUCUCAUGAGAAGUGCUUUGUCAUGGAGGUGGAAGUCGAUGGACAAAAGUUCAAAGGGAGGGGGUCAAACAAGAAGGAGGCAAAGGCCUACGCUGCCCUCGCCGCUCUGGACCAGCUGUUCCCAGAAACACCUCUCAUGCCCAAGAGAACAAAAAAGCUGACUUACACGGACAUGCACAUCCCAGGCUUCGGUACUAUUCGUGGGAUUCCUUCAGAUUCCGGAGCUCCUGACUGGGGCCAUGGCAGAGGUCGAGGGAGAGGCAGGGGCAGAGGCUAUUCUUCAGGACCCGUUUACAACAAAAAUAAAUUGUACGGCAACAAUGGAGCCGAGACCACAGUUGCCACCAAAGCCGCAGCCGCCGUUAAUACUGGCAGCACGGGAGGCAGUACUGGCUACGGCACAUUUUACCCAGAGACAAGCGCCACCACUUUCUCCUCCCCACCCGUCUCCAGUACCAAUGCCAGCACAAGCACAGCGACAAGUUACAAGUCAACACCCCCGCCUGCUGACCAACAGAGUCCCUACAGUUAUGGCUACGGGGAUGAAAAGAAGAAGAUGCUUACUCAAGGCCAGACGGAGGUUUCAGUACAGGGAGGCAACUACUCCAUGUACAGCACUGCUUACCCCAGCUCAGUUGUGGGGACCCAAGUAUAUAGUAAUUAUGGUUGGUCAAACCAGUCAAAUUGGAGCACUCAACAGGGCUAUGGCUCCUACCAGACCUACACAGGACAAAACCAGACCUCAUAUCCUGGAAACAGUGGCACAAAUUAUUAGUCAUGCACUUGUGCUGCUUUUCUUGGAUCACUGGGCCACCAAGUUCUGAGUGUUCACCCUUCAUUAGGAUCCCGGCACACCACAUGUGAAGAGAAAAGUCUUUAAAUGUCUCUCAUACUGGAAUGUUGUUUGUUUUUGUCACAGCAAAUCAUUUUUGCGUUUGUUAGAGCUUGUUCCCUGAAGUGUUUUUAAAUAUAGAUUACCAGUUCUGUAUGCCUUUGUCAUAGUUCUGAUUUAAAGCUGUACUAUAAAUAAGCUUGUUCAGCAUGCUUGUCCAUCUGAGGCUUUAUUUACUGUCAAAAAAUGUACUCUCUUAAUAAAUAACUUUCAUUUUAGAGCAAACUUCUUGCUCGCCAGUGAAA